UGCAUGGCUCAGCAGUCCUAGGUGAUAUCUUUUCCAGGUGAGAAACCUAUGGCUUGGAGGAGUGGACAGCCACCCCUGUGGCUCGGAGGAGUGGGCCGCCACCCUUGUGGCUCGGAGGAGUGGGCAGCCACCCCUGUGGCUCGGAGGAGUGGGCAGCCACCCCUGUGGCUCGGAGGAGUGGGCAGCCACCCCUGUGGCUCGGAGGAGUGGGCAGCCACCCCUGUGGCUCGGAGGAGUGGGCAGCCACCCCUGUGGCUCGGAGGAGUGGGCAGCCACCCCUGUGGCUCGGAGGAGUGGGCAGCCACCCCUGUGGCUCGGAGGAGUGGGUAGCCAUCCUAGGGAUGAUAAAGGGGUUAUUGCAUCUCAGUCUUGCCUUACACUGGCUGUGUGACUAAACUUCUGAUCUUCCUAUCAAACCUCCUGAGUGGCUGAAGGUGUAUACCACCACAGUGCUGAGGACCAAACCCUCAUGCUAGAUUGAAGACACAUUCUCAUCAGAGUCCCACAACUCUGAAAGCGAGGAGCCAGGGCAACAAGGAGAGAGAAUUCUGAGAAGAGAGGAAAAAGCAAAGCAGCAGGAGAACUGGAGGAAAAGGGAGCAGAGAAAAACCGACAAGCCGGUUUGCAGCUAACCAGCUAAGCCCAGCUCUAGCUGGGGACAGAGACCAGAUACUGCAAGCAUCAGAACUGGAGACAUGCCCACCUUUGCUUCCCCGUUGCCUCUCACCACCAUCGGUUCUGAGAACAGCAGCUCCAUCUACGACUACGACUACUUAGAUGAUGUGACCAUCUUGGUUUGCAGGAAGGAUGAGGUCCUGUCCUUUGGAAGAGUCUUUCUGCCGAUCGUCUACAGCCUGAUCUUCGUGCUGGGCUUGGCCGGCAACCUCCUUCUCUUGGUGGUAUUGCUCCACUCUGUGCCUCGAAGACGGACGACUGAGCUUUACCUGCUGAACCUGGCUGUCUCCAACCUCUUGUUUGUAGUGACCAUGCCCUUCUGGGCCAUCUCUGUGGCCUGGCACUGGGUUUUCGGCAGUUUCUUGUGCAAGGUGACAAGCAUGCUCUACUCUAUUAACUUUUACUGUGGCAUCUUCUUCAUCACCUGCAUGAGCCUGGACAGAUACCUGGAGAUUGUCCAUGCUCAACCCCUCCAAAGAACGAAGACCCGGUUCAGGAACCUGCUUCUCAUUGUCAUGGUGUGGAUCACAGCCCUGGCCAUCUCUGUCCCAGAAAUGGUCUUUGUGCAGGUCCACCAGACCUUAGAUGGUGUGUGGCACUGCUAUGCAGAUUUUGGUGGACAUGCGACCAUUUGGAAGCUGUACCUGCGCUUCCAGCAGAACCUUCUGGGGUUUCUCCUCCCACUCUUGGCCAUGAUCUUCUUUUACUCCCGCAUCGGUUGCGUUCUGGUCAGGCUGAGGCCACCGGGCCAGGGUCGGGCUCUGAGGAUGGCCGCGGCCCUGGUCAUAGUCUUCUUCCUGUUGUGGUUCCCUUAUAGCCUCACCUUGUUUCUGCACUCACUGCUGGACCUACAUGUCUUUGGGAACUGUGAGGUCAGCCACCGUCUGGACUAUACAUUGCAGGUGACAGAGAGCCUGGCCUUCUCCCACUGCUGCUUCACCCCGGUCCUCUACGCCUUCUCCAGUCGCCGCUUCCGCCAGUACCUGAAGGCGUUCCUGUCUGUGGUGUUGAGAUGGCACCAGGCACCUGGCACUGCCCAUGCCCCUCCCUCUAGCCAUUCUGAGAGCAGCAGGGUUACUACUGCCCAGGAAGACGUGGUCAGCAUGAAUGACCUUGGGGAGAGGCAGGCGGAAGACUCCCUUAACAAGGGGGAGAUGGGGAAUAAUUAGGCCUGCAUGAUCAGCCACGGUCUGAGGGACAGCAUGACCAUGCCGCUUGCCCGAGUGGUUCUCAACCACUAGCAGGUCUUGCUUACUGUUACCUCUUCCUCCUGCUUCCUGGACCCCAUCCUCUCUGCUGAACCACUGCAGCUCUCCACUGAUCUCCGCUUCCAUCCUGGCGCUUCUGUGGCUUCCUGACCCCCAGCAGCCCGUGAGGUCCCAUCACUCACAGCCUUCACACCUUCAAGGGCCACGUGAUCAGUCUGUGAUUUCAUCUCCACUGUACUCCCUUCUGGUCUCUGGGUUCAGGGUGCACUGUCUUCCACUCGUUUCUGGAGCAUUCCAGGUUCAUUCCAGUAGGGAGAGUUCAGCUAUGCCAUCUUUCUGGAUACCUUCUUCACCAGCCUUUUUCCUUGGGAAGAGUUUGGCUCAUUCCUUCACUUCCUGGAGUCAUGGACCUCACCUUGUUGAUGAGGGAGGGGGGCCCCCGUGCCUGCCCUGCUUAAUGCCCUGUCUACACACCUGAUGCCCACACACUUCUGCACACACUAUUUUCACUCUGUACAGGGAAUUCUGUUCUGUUCCCUGCAGAUUGCCUUGAGCCCACCCACGCAGGCGAACUGCAGAGUAAAGCUCUCCGUGAAUGGCUUGCUGCUCUCCUCGGACUCGUACCACAGAAGCUUGUGUGUGGAAAGCCUUUACAAAGCUUCUGUGGAGUGUGAGUGAGCAUUGUGCAUUUCUGGGAACAGCCACAGUUUCUCCAUCCUCCAGGGCCCCUUUCUCUGUAGCUCAGACAGGAGCAGACUUCCUGUCUUUGUGUGUGGUCUGAAGGCACUUGGAGGCGCUCUAGCCAGUGAACAGCCCAGAGGUGCACAUCCCACAGGAGGAAGGCAGAAGCCAUCUCAGCUCUGGUCGUGGGGACUGUCAGUCAAGUUCAAAGCUUUAAGACUUUACAAAACACGUGUCUGUGAGCAGGCGUCCCCUUAACACAUCCUGCUGAGAAAACUGGGUAUCCACAUGUGGAAGAUUAGAACUAGAGUCCUGUCUCUCAUCUGGUACAAAGAUCAGCUAAAAUUGGAUCAAGGACUCUAACAUAUGACCCGAAGCUUUGAAACCAUCAGAGAAAAACACAGGGGAAACAACUAAAGACAUCAUCAAAAGCCAGGUCUUUCUGAGCAGAGCACCCAUAGCCAUGUGAAGUUAGAGUCUCCAUGAUACAAGGCCAGGGCCAGGACAGUUACAGAUAACUCAGCCAGCUCUCACCUCACAGGGCCCAAUAUUCAAAUUGUACAGGGAACAAAAAAGUUGACAAAGUCAAAUAAUCCAAUAAAAAAAAAUGGGUGAGUGAUCUGAACAGACAUCUCUCAAAAGAAGAGCCAAUAAUACAUGGAAAACAUUCUGCAUCCUUGUCCAUCACAGAAAUGUAAUCAAAAUGAUGUGUGUGUGUGUGUGUGAGCUCACACACUUGUACACAUACAUGCGCAUGUGCAUGUGA